AAUGAGCAUCACGCAUACAAUAAUCGCGAUGUUUUCAAAUCUUGCCUCGUUUGGCACAGUAACAUCCAUUCAGGUCGUGUAGUAGUUGAACCAAACCAUUUUUCAUUCUCCUUCGUUACCACAUACCAACGUGGAGUGGUGCUCUAUCUCCUGCGGUGCUGCAUGCAUGUUCCUUCGACUAGCGAUCUGUGUACCUAAUGUACAACUCACUGAACAGUCCAGUUCAAGCUUCGCUCUCUUCGAGGCGUGCAUUGUGUGUUGCUUUCCGUCGAGAGGAUGUAUUACAUCAACACACCCUUUUUCCGUUGGCGUAGAUAAUAUUUGAUGAAUCUCCAUUAUUAGUGUAGCAUCUGAUAGUCGAAAAUCUCUUCAAUGGGCUAAGAAACGCACAAAUUAGGAUUAAUCUCUUUGAAAUGGUAAAAAUAGCAAGUGAAUAAACGCUGUGUAGAAGUAAAUGGAGGACCCUCUAUAAUUAGUGUGAUGUCGUUUUCAAAUGGUUGUGUUUAUAGUCGUUCCUUUUUGCUCACGAUAGUCAUUGCGAGGAGCUCGGUUCACCAAGUGUGAGUGCGGUCACGGUUAAGGUUUACGUUUUCGUAGCGCAAUGUGUGGGUUUGCCUGUGUCGAGUGAUUGUUGAGUGCAUUCAUUCUGUUCGUGUUUUGAGUCGUCCUGCUCAAUCUACCUACAUUCAUACAGUUUGUAUUUCGAAUCGAGAAGGUGCUGCUUUUGUAUAAUAAUAACACUACAUUGAAUGCCGUGAAGAGAAAAUGAUAACAGGGGAAUAAUAUUAAUUCAACUGAAAGUGUUCACUUAAACAAAAAUAUGUCGUAAAUUUAUAAUCAAAUAAAAGGUGUGCAGUGUAGUGAAUAAGAAUAAAAAUGUCGAUAAAUAGCUAAUAUGAAGUAGCUAAUGCAUAGUAACGCACAACGUAUACAAAGUCUGAUUUGAUAUUAACAUUUAUAGCAAACAGAAACAAAGCCACAUCAAACCAUCAACCCGAAAGAAAGCACUGAACGCACAAAAUGGUAAUCAACGAACCUCUCCUGUUGUUGCAGUUACUGCGCGACGAAUUGCGCGAUCUAGACAUCGAAGACAUCAAGGAAAAAUUGCUAAGAAAAGAAACACCAGAUUCUCCUCCUGUCUUCAGCAGCGCAGAAUUAGAUGAAAUUCUAGAAGAACCGAACGAAGAGCUUCGUUUGCUUCUCAUUUUUACUUUGUUUGAGCAGAAACUUCACAAUGGACAAGCCCGAAUAGUCCAGCAAUUCCUUGGCGCUCUCCAGACCGACUACAGUUGGAUCGCAGAGCGUUACGCAGAAGUUGAUAAGGACAAAUCCCGUCCAAUGGUGCGCUACGAGUCUUAUCGUAACAAUACAACAGUGCCAAUUAUCGACAAACUAAACGUAUAUCGUAGAGAACAAAUCUGGAAUAUCCGAAAACAUCUAAAACAACUAAGACAUGGUAUAAAUGGUCAGCGAUAUCUGUUCGUAUAUGGCGGGUUCGGUACUGGCAAGUGGACUUUAGUUAGCCAAGCAUGCGAUUUUUUCUCCAUCGUACAACAUAUGGGCUUCCACAUAUUUUACCUAAGCUUGGCUAACUGCACGUCAGAUGUCCAAAUUCUCGAACAACUCGAAAACCUCAGUCUACAAAUAGAAUCGGAUUUCAAAAACGAAGACAUCACCUAUAAUGGACGAUAUCCCACCAACGAAAUUUACCUUCGGAAGAAACGUCUUAUCCAGGUUUUUGAAAAUAGCUUCAAACAUAGUUUACUAAUCUUAUCGCACGUCCGUGAUCCAACCUUGAUCGAGAAGUUUGACCUGAAAUGCAAGACACUGGUUGUCACCAGCAGCACCGAAGUCAUCAACAAAGUGAACGAGAAUGAGCGCUUUGUGGUCAGGCUGAAGCCCGGAUUCACCGAGGAUGAAAGCAUGGAGCUCUUCGGGAAGGCUUUGCUUUUGAAGUCUGGUUGUCUACCUCCCGAAGCGCACCAAAUCUAUCAGAUGUGCAAGGGAAACCCGUUCGUGGUGAAAUUGAUCGCGCGAAAGAUGUCCGAGUACGCGAAUUUGUACAACACCCCAUCGAAUGCGCACGUGAUUAGAGUUUGGCAGAAGUUGGCCAUCGAUUUGAGCAAACACUCGAUCACGAUAGAAAACUCCACCAUUCGGUCGAUAUUGGAUCAGCUGAGCGACAGCGAACAGAAAGCCUUCCGCAGUUUGGUCAUCUUUCGAGACAACGUCAAGAUCCCGCACAGCGUCCUGCAACGGUAUUGGUACCUGACGGCAGAGGAAACGGAGUCUCUCACCUCCAAGCUUAUCAACAAGGGCCUAUUGGAUAAGCGAGUCUCCAAUCAACAAGACUUCUUUGUACUACAUUACGUAUGUUAUAGCUUCCUACUAAAAGAAAAGCCAGGUGAAACAUAUGCUAACCUCCAUCGUCGAUUGGUCGAAAGCUAUAGUAUUUCCGAUGCAUUCCGUAACCGUACCGAGCUGGAUCUUUUGAACUUCUUCCCGAAUGACCACUACUUCCACUUCUACAUCGCCAUCCACUUGGAGCAAUCGAGAUCGUAUGAUCUCUUUCCGGACCUGUUCACGGACUUUGGUUUCCUGGAGCAGAAAGUGCGCUACACUGGACUUCCAAAUACGGUUGGCGAUCUGAGGCUUUUUCAGGAACGCAUCUUUACUCGCAUGAGGGAUCCUGAGUUCUACGCCGAGUUGCUGACCGAAUUUCUCAUGGGAGCGGAAGUGCUGCUGUCCAAAUCGGCAGAUACAUGCCUCCUGCAGCUUGCUUUGAACUGCACCGGAAUGAUUGCGGAAGAAGCAAAAAUACAAGCAAGCCAGUACAACAACCGAGUUUGGUUUUGCGACAUCGAUCACACCCAUCAGCAUCAGUUGGUACAGGUACGGAGCGCACCGCACAAAGUACGUUUCCAAGACACGUCCUCGGCGUUGGUUAGCCUGGAUAAUAAUCAAAUCUCCUUGGUUGAUCUCUCACCAUGGUAUUCGGCUCCAGCAACCAUAUUUGACGGGAAUCAAGGUCGAGUGAGGGACAUGCAGAUGAUCAACAAUGUCCUCAUUGCGUUAGAUGAUAAAGGAACACUUACCAUAUGGUCUAUGAAGAAUAUCCCUCAAGACCGAAACGCUAGACAGCACGAGAGCGACGGGAAUAUUCGCAAAAAAGCUCAAAGCCUACGAUCACAUGAAAAAGAUCCUUUUGUGAGUUUUUGCAAUGUCGAUAAAGGAAAUGCUCAAUCGGACCUUUUUGCCAUCACUAGGGACGGAGUGCUAUACUUUUAUAAUGGUCUGAGUACAUUCACGCUGAUCAAUCGUCACCUUACAUCGAUCAAGAACACUUACAUGAUCAAACCAUUGAUGGGUGCAAGUUCGAUUCCUAAACUGUUAUUUCUAACAGAAGACAACCUUGGCUGCAUUUUUAAUCUAACUUCGACUAGCAUAGAGUGCCGAUUCGAAGAACCCCAGGUGGUCAACAUCCACAAUGUACGAAACGGGCUCGUUUCUGUUUGUCCAAACCAAAUCCGUUUACGAACGUUUUGUCUGAAUAACCGUAAUCAGUUAAAAACUGAAAAACUGGAAAUAAUCUAUGAAACACCAACACAUCAUCAGAAUACCUGUAGCGCUAUCUCGGAUGACUACCAGUACAUAGUUUUGGGUACCACCCAGGGAAUCUCCAUAUUCAGCAUCCGUGAUCACGUGGAGGUCCUCCGAACCAACAUCAGCCACAACAUCCUAGACGUGGACAUCUACUCGCUGGAUGACGAUCGCUAUCGUUACAUCUUAAUAUCCUCGUCUGAGGAAAGCGGGAACGUCAUCAAUAUGUACUCCUUGAUGGUAACUGCAAACAAUCAACUGGUCAGUAACCAAUAUCAACUGCAAGGUAACACUAACUUCCUGGUUGAUCUGGAUAACGAGCCGGUACGGGUGAAGACGGUCGAUCGCAAGCGCGUCAUUCAAGAGCUACAGUUCUCUACCGUUCAAGGGCGCGAUGACUUCAACAAGCUUUCACCAACUAUCGAGAAUUCCCCCCUUGCAAGCGAAGUUCAACAGCUGGUUCAAUGUCGUUCCGGAUUCUACAUUGGACUGGAAGACGGCGAUGUACUACGCUUGCCGGAUUGGUGCAUCCCGAAAAGUGAUCCUCGACCGGAAACUUUGCUCCGUUUGGGCGAGCCAGUCAGCUUGCUAAAGUAUUACGACGACGUCCAACUGUUGGUAGCUGCUACAGUGAGCAGAUGCGUGAUCGUCAUCGAAGGCAUCACGGAACACCAGAUCGGAGGCGAAAUUUGCGAAUGCUACAUGUACUCGGAGCACUACCUGGUGCUAAUCUACGAAAACUGCACCGUUGAGAUAUUCAAUGUGCAAAGUAAAGACGUCGAGACCACGUUCGUCCAAAGACAAACCUUUUGUGCGUCGGCCUUCAACGAGCAAUGCUUAAUCAUCUGUACAAGCGAAGGUAUUAUCGAGCAAUUGGGAUUCAACUUGGGUGAAGACGAUCGCCUAGCAAUACAGAUUUUGCACAUCUUCGGUCGCACGGAUAACACCCCAUCAAAGUGGGGAAGAAUUUCCAGCUGUGCACUGUCAGCGCAAGGUGAACUGCUCUCGAUCGGCUAUAAGCGAGGUGCCAUAGAAGUGUAUAACACAGAAGAACGUAAGUUGAUCGCUACGCUUGAAUCACACAAAUACGAAGUGGCAUCGCUGUACUUCAGCCCCUGGCAGGACCCCAACAGCCCUCAUAUUCUGGUUAGCAUUGGAGAGCAGAUCGUGUUUUGGAACCUGGACUACGUGAUCAACAAUCCCCGGCUGGACUCGAAUGACUUCAAAAGACGCUCCAAUCGCUACAAAUCACGACCUUCUAUCACAUCACCAGCCAUGGACAUCCGCUCAUCGUUCGGAAGUCGAUCGUCAGGACUAUCAUCACCGUUAGCUGGUAGCCCUGCUCGAAACGGAUCGUUUACCUUUGACAUAGACGAGGCCAGCCUGCAGUGGCUCAGCAAAGUAGGACCGUCCAGCAAGUCCCAACUACUAUCGUGCAUUAAACUGAUCGGUUCGGCCAAAAAACUGAUGAUCAACAGAGAUUUCAACAAAUUUUUCACCAUCGACGAUGAAGGUUACCUCUACUACCUAAGAUUGUACCAACCAGAUCGCAACCGACUUACCAUCAGUUUUGAGUCCCCUAUCCGAGGUCGUCCCGCUAACGGAUCGUUCCUUAUCUGACUAAUGUCCCGGGGAGUUACUCGAUCGGUGCUAACUUCGAUCUACUAUAUGUUGAUGUACAUCUUCUACACUGCCGUAUUGAAUUAGUUUGCUGUUAUAGAUUGCAGUGAUUAGCACAUUCAUUUAGGUGCCAACAAACAGAUUUCGAUGCCUGAUACGUCAUACAAUACUCCCAUUCUCUCAGACGCGAACGACCAUCGCGUACCUCCCCGCUUUUAUUACAUACUUAAGUAUUCUACUAUUUUACAUAAGUUCAACUAGAUUGUAAGCGAUAAAGACAUUACAGAAUUGAGUGUGAUACAAUUUUUUUAACAAAAUUGGGAAAUGAAAAGACGAACAAAUUUUUAAAUUUUACAAAGCAUUACUAUGUAAACGAAACUUAUACACUUAGGCAAUGUAAGAUCGCAAUCGUGAGAGUUUAGACCUGAUUCGAGAAAUGAUGUGGUUUUAAAUGAAAUUUUUAGCAAUCUUUAGAAGCAAUUCGGUAGUAAAAACGAAAUUUUAGUUUGUUUUGUCACACUCUGGCAUUUACUUAUCCGUACACCAUAAAAAUACUUUGUAUGAAUAGUUAUAGUUUAUUGCUCAAAUGAUGCAUUUGAUUGCCAUAUGUGUUGAAUAGAUUUAUCUUUUUAUUUACUUUACCUUGUACGUACAUUAUUUUACUUUACUUCCUGCAUAUCGUGCUUGCAAACUUUCUUUGCGACUAUAAAGCAAAAAUCGUCAAAACUUGUUUAUGCCCAUGAAAAAAUAUGGCAAUCAAAACCUAAUUCCGAGAAAUUUUUCGUGGGAAAAAUUGGUUGAGAUUUAAGCUUUUUAUUCGCGAAUCAUCCUCCCUCCAAGUUAUGAGUAUUUUUUUCGUUUUUAUCAAUAUAAGAUUCUAAAUAAAUGUAAAUCAAUUAAGA